CCUCUAUAAAAAGGCAAAGAGUAGCCAUCACGGACUCAGAGGAGACAGUCUCUGAGUAACGCUCCUGCAACACCUGGCUGCCAAGCUCAGGAGAGAAGGAUGAAGUUUGCUCUCCAUGCUGCGCUGUCCUUGGGGAUAUUGGUGCUCUGUCUUGCUGAUCCUCCAGCCCAAAGUCCCGUCCGAUGGUGCACAAUAUCCGAUCCAGAGCAGAAGAAAUGUGUGGAACUGAAGACGAAAAUGUCCUCAACCCCUUCAUUAGACUGUGUGAAGAAAACAACUUACUCUGACUGCAUAAAAGCCAUUGCAGAGAAUGAAGCAGAUGCCAUUAGUCUGGAUGGUGGCCACAUUUUCGAAGCACACCUUGCCCCGUAUAAUCUGAAGCCUGUUGUGGCUGAGGUCCAUGGCACAGGAAAAGAUGCGGCCACCAGCUACUAUGCUGUGGCCGUGGUGAAGAAAGGAACCGGCUUCACAAUAGGGGAACUUAAAGGGAAGAAAUCCUGCCACACAGGGUUGGACAGGUCUGCUGGCUGGGUCAUUCCCAUUGGGACCCUCUUGUACCAUCAAACCCUAUCCUGGGAUAGAGCCACUCCCAUAACCCACGCUGUGGCCCAGUUUUUCUCAGCCAGCUGCGUCCCUGGUGCCCCCGCAAAUGAACCAAAUCUGUGCCGCUUAUGCCUUGGGACAGGUGCUCAGAAAUGUUCCCGUACUGGGCCUUAUUCUGGCUAUUCUGGAGCCUUUCAGUGUCUGAAAGAUGGAGCUGGAGAUGUAGCUUUUGUCAAACACACAACUGUUCUAGAAAAUGACGCAAGUGGGAAAGACAAGUAUGAGCUGUUGUGUGAAGAUGGUUCCCGGAAGCCUGUAGAUAAGUAUCAUGAGUGUCACUGGGCCAAAGUUGCUGCUCAUGCUGUUGUGGCUCGAAGCGUUGAUGGCCGGGCUGAUGAGAUCUGGAGCUUCCUCUCUCAGGCGGAGGCAAAGUAUGGCAAGAACUCAAAAGAGAGCUUCAAACUCUUCAGCUCUUCUUAUGGGAAAGAUCUGCUUUUUAAGGAUUCUGCUACCAAUUUUAUCCGUGUCCCUCGACUGAUGGAUGCCCAAUUCUACCUGGGCUACCAGUACUGGGCUGCUAUUCAGAGUCUCAGGCCAGUUGCUUCCCUAGAAACUCCUGAAGCCCCUUUGAAGGUGAAGUGGUGCACAGUAAGUAAGGAUGAAAAGGCCAAGUGUGAUGAAUGGAGUGCAGUGAGCGAAGGCAGCCUGGACUGUGCAGUGGCAGAAACCACAGAGGAAUGCAUUGCCAAGAUAACGAAAGGUGAUGCGGAUGCCAUAAGCUUGGAUGGAGGUUAUGUCUACACGGCUGGUACAUGUGGUUUGGUGCCAAUCAUGGGAGAAUACUACGGGGGUGAGUGGGGUGCAAUCUGCCUUUUAGCUUGUAAAACAUUACACGAUGCCAGAAUGAAGGAGCACCCGGAGGUAAUUAUUGAAACCUAUUACGCUGUGGCUGUGGUGAAGAAAUCCAACCCCAGUAUCACCUGGAAGAACCUGCGUGAUAAGAAGUCUUGUCAUACAGCUGUUGGGAGAACUGCUGGCUGGAAUGUCCCCAUGGGCUUGAUUCACAAUGAAACUGGGAGCUGCAACUUUGAUAAGUUCUUCAGUAAAGGCUGUGCUCCUGGAUCUCCAGUUACCUCACCACUCUGCGAGUUGUGUGUGGGCUCAGGCAGCAGCCUCCCACCAAAUUACAUAUGUGCCGCCAACAGCAAUGAGAGAUACUAUGGAUACAGCGGAGCCUUCCGGUGCCUGGUUGAGAAGGGAGACGUGGCCUUUGUUAAGCACACAAUUGUCAGUGAGAACACCGAUGGACAUAAUAAAGCUGACUGGGCAAAGGGGCUGAGAAGUGACCAAUUCGAGUUGCUGUGCCGGGAUGGAACUCGCGCUCGUCCUGAUGAAUACAAGAAAUGCCACCUGGCUUUAGUUCCUGCCCAUGCUGUGGUCACACGUCCAGACAGAGCAACUGCUGUCCGUGAGAUGCUGAUAGACCAACAGGCAUUGUAUGGAAGCCGUGGAUCUCAGAAAGCUAUCUUCCAGAUGUUUCAGUCUGAAACCAAGGACCUUUUAUUCAAGGAUUCCACCACGUGCCUGAUUCAACUCUCCAGAGGAACAACCUAUGAGCAGUACCUGGGAAAAGACUACUUUGAUUCUAUCUCUAGUCUCAAUAAGUGCUCACCAUCAGAACUCCUCCAGGUCUGCAGUUUCAAGGAGCGAGAAGCGGGGCUCCUGUCACGGGCCCUGGGCUGCUCAGAUGAGCGGAAGUGGCCUGGAAAGAUGCCCUCUCUGACCGUGACCUCCACAGGCGAAUGGGGGGAGUUAAACUGGGGACACGUGGCUGUCAGCGCGGGGCAGGGGAUGGCGCCGGAGGGCGACCAGCGAAGCGGGCUGCAGCCCUACCUGGACUCGCUGCGGCAGGAGCUGCAAGUGCCGGACUCGACCCUGCUCUCGGUGCUGCUGGCGCUGCUGGCCGUAGCCCUGACCCUGCUGGUUUGGAAACUUAUCCGGGGCAGGAAGAGCAGCCGGAGGACGGUGCUUCUGGUAGGCCUUUGUGACUCAGGAAAAACACUGCUGUUCGUCCGACUGUUAACAGGCACUUACCGAAACACCCAGACCUCCAUAACUGAUAGCUCUGCUGUUUACAGAGUCAGUAAUGACAAGGGCUCUAGUGUGACGCUGAUUGACCUCCCAGGCCAUGAGAGCUUGCGACUUCAGUUCUUGGAGAAGUUCAAAGCUACAGCUAGAGCGAUCGUGUUUGUCGUGGACAGCGUAGCGUUCCAGCGGGAGGUGAAGGAUGUGGCAGAGUUCCUGUACCAGGUCCUGACUGACUGCAGUGUGCUGAAAAACGCUCUGCCACUGCUGAUAGCCUGCAACAAGCAAGAUAUCACGAUGGCAAAAUCGGCCAAGCUUAUUCAGCAGCAGCUGGAGAAAGAACUCAACACGUUACGAGUGACUCGCUCAGCUGCCCCCAGCACCUUGGACGGCUCAACCUCCAGCGGGACUGCUCAGCUGGGGAAGAAGGGCAAGGAGUUUGACUUCUCACAGCUGCCCAUGAAGGUGGAGCUGGUGGAGUGCAGCGCCAGGGGCAGCAAGGCAGAGGAAGGCAGUGCUGACAUCGAGGACUUGGAGAAAUGGCUGGCCAGGAUUGCCUGAAAGCAGCGGGGGAGGAGGGAGGCAGAAACUAGCAAAGAGGAAACUAAUGAUAAAGGCAUUUGGCAUCUGAUACGGAAGUACUGAUGGGAAGGAGUGGGGCCCAAAAUGUAAUCUUGCUAUGGAAAGAACUUCAGGCAUGCGCUGGCAGUAAAUGCACUGUUACUUGCACUGGGCUGGGUUUUAAUCAACCUAUGAACAUAUUUGCCACUGUGAUUUCUGCCAACUGCAGCCCUUCCUGUUUCUAUCCCAUGCUCCCCUUCUGGGAGGCUGCCUCUAGUGCUUGAGCUGUAGAGGGUUUAGAGUGGGGUUUUAGUUGGGGUAAGGAGCCUCUGGUUGUCCCAGGCAGCCUCCAAACAGAUGGGAGGGUUAUGUUUGGCUAGCAGAAAUUAUUUCAAGAUUGGACUGUGCAGCCACUCCUGCUUUACCUUGGCAUCUCGGCCCUGGUGCCCAUGGUCGUUACUAACCUCCCUGCUCAUGGCGUCUGAUUUCUUCUUCCCAUUCCUGUCCUCUGUGAAUCGGGCACCGUGAGUUUGAUCUUUGUGCUGCCACAGCUAAAAUGUCCAAUUGCGCAUGCUACCGGGAAAUCCCUGCCUGCUAUGGAAUGUACUAAAGCUGCUUUCACAAGGGUUGGCCAGCCUCCCCCUACUCCCCCCUUCCACCUCCCUUUCGAAAGGAACACACAGCCAGAUUGUCAGAUGUGCUUAGCACCCGUGUAAGCACCUAUAUGGAAGUGACCAGAUUGUCAGACAUGCAUAGUAGGGGCUGGAGAGUGCUGAGCACUUCUCAAGAUCUGGCCACUUCCGUGUGGGUGCCUAAGUUGGUGCUGAACUCUUGGAAAAUCUGACCCAGAUAGUAAAGGUGAUUGAUCAUUGUGUAAAUGGGGGCUGCUGUUCUGUUUGACUCCAGUCCAGUCUUUGGUGCUGAUUUGCUUCUGCAGAACACACAGUGCUAAGGAAGCUUAUGCAUUCUUGUACAUGACUUCUCAGGAGUGGUGUACAGUUUUAUAAUGUGAUCUUCAUAAAUGCACAGAACAGUAUUUGUAACAAAAAUGGUUGGUCUAGGUUAAACUACUGGGAGGCCUGUAUGCCUGGGUCUGAAUAUAACCCACUUCUCCUUCCCGGGGCUCCAGCCUGAGUGUUAGAUUCACCUCUCUCCACGCAGACAUGCCCCACUUUCGGCUCCAUUUUUUCUUGAGACAGGACAGCAGCUUGCUGGUGUUCAGGUUGUGCUCUGGAGCCACCUGUGCCUUUAGCAUCAGGAGUGCAGCACCCAUACAGCGGGAACAGAAACCAGAGCAGUUGGAAGUGAACCUGACUAGCUAGAUGGUGUCUCUCAUAUAGAGGCUUGGCUGCUUAUUUUAUGUGAUGGUGCCCCUAAUCUCCUGGUGAAAUCCUGGCUCCUUUGAAGUCAGUGGGAGCUUUGCCAUUGACUUCAUUGGCCAGGAGUUCACCCUUGAUCUUUAACUGGGGCGGGGUCUAGAGUUACAGCUGAAUUUAGCAGACUCACACAACGAAUAUGUAUUAAAACCCCAUUCAGGUGCGUGUUUCGCCUGUUUUUUGUCUCCCGGUCUUUCAGUUAGGCCCUCCUCCUGCAAACGUGCACGAAUGGGCUCACUCAGUUCAGCACAUUAGUAAGAGGUUUGAAGAACAGAACCGUCCCCAUGUGGGAUCUGCAUGCGCCUCUGACUCAGUGAUGUCGUAAGCAGAGUUUGACAUGAGAAUUGUCCAAGAAUGAAUUGUGUUGUCACUUCAGUUGGACGAGGCUGUAAAAAGAGAGGUAGAGGUUGACUUUUAAAGGCGGUUUUUUUUUGUUUACAGAUAAAGUCAGUGAUUGUCAUAGGAGCCAGGAAUAGCUUCACAGAGGGCCUAAGAAGAUCAGUUUACUGACAUGAGUGGGAGCAGUCAUUGCAGUUUAGGUGUUUCUGAUGAAGGUUCUUGAUGACAAGAGAAAGCAUUGGAAGUUUCCCAGUUCUUGUUACAUGUUUGUCUCGUGUAAUCUUUAAAGCCAAGGGAUCUGUUGUGGUUCCCAGAUGCGGUGCCCUGUUGUGUUACACUUAUUAUGCUUAAUUUUGCAAAGGAACAAUUCUGUAGCAGUCUACUUCUUCCUGCAGAUGUACUGAGCCCAUUGGGGUCUAGUCCAGGACCUGUCGGAGUCUGACUUUAGCACAUGUUGAAUCAGGUCUAAGAGCUCUUUCCAAAGGUGGAAAGAAUGAACUGACUGACUUUGGGAGAGAUUCCACAAACAAGCCUGCAGGGUGUUAGCAGCAGAAGCUGGUGGGGGGUGAUGGUGGCAAACUGUCGUUGGUUGCAAUGCUGCUGUGUCUUAAUGGGCUGGCUGAGGAGAUAACACAUCCUCUUGGUGACCUUUUCCAAUGGUUUUCUUGACUCCCAUUGGGGGCUCUGGCAGUGAGCAUUGUCUGUGCCUCCAGCGGAGCUCACUGCAGGCUCAGCUGGGGGGAAUCCUUUGUGAUGCUGGAUUGUUCAUCUUGCCUCUGCUUCCUUAAUAGGAACCUUCUCUGCAAAGAGGUGCUCACUGACCAGAGGCCUCCUGCUGCUAAUAGGUUUGUGGUCUGCUGACGAUUGCCUCCGUACUGUAUCUGCUGAAGAAAGCAGCUGCUGGUACACAGGAAAUGCCGUCCCUGGGUUUUUUUUGUGGCGGGAUUUGGCAUUAUCUAUAACCCAGCCACUCUCUUGGUCUAGAGGGUGGGAGGGAGGUGGUGGCUGGUCCUCUGCUUGGCUAUGUUGGUAAGAAUUCAGUAUUUGAACUUUGCUCCUGGCAAAUCUUGUUCCCUCCCCUACUUUCAGCCUGAUGUUCUCUGUGGGCCCCUUCUUGCCAUGUCAAGCAAUACACCACAGCGUAUCUUCUGUCAAAGGUUACAUUCUGUAUCCACAUAUUCUUCUCUCUGACGUCUGUACGCUCUGCUCUCCUUAGCACUAACGGGUGUAUAAAGCUAUACAGCAAGAACAGAUUGACUUGUGCUACUCCCAUCAAUUGGAGAAAGGUGUUUUGUUUGCAAACAGCAUCUUUUCUUGAAGCGAAGUGAAUGUCUGAGCUGGGCUUUGCAUCCAAAACUGCCGAACCUGUGGGACUAGAUGAAUCCUCUCUUAAAACUGUGUGACCAGCCCUGUUCAUUGCAGCAGCAGUUGGGAGGAUUAAAUAUACUGCUAACACUUGGUGUUAGUAGAGGAGUGAGGGGGUGGCAUCGUGAACUGCCCCUCCUUUGCUUCCCCUCCCCACCCCCCCCAGCCCAGACACCUCCUACUCCUUCCCAUGGCUCCCUCUUUGAGUUGGGAAUGCUAAGACAGUACACUUUCCAACGCCUCUUUGGGAGAUAGGUCCUUCCCAGGCUGCUCUGAUUUAAAAACCUGUCCUUCGGCUGAGAGAGAAGCGAAGCUGGAUGCUCAGGUCACAAGCCGAAGGACUCACUAGCCAAAUGAUUUUUGCGUUAAGUAUGUUGUGCUCUUCAAUUUCAAAGCAUAAACUUUACAGCAACAGAAUGUUGCUGGAGCUAUUGGUCACCAGUCACAUUUUGAAUUUAGUUAGCCAGGGCAGUUGUCUGAUCUGGUCAGUCUGUACCCGCAAUGCUGAAGCAAGGAAUGAAGAAUUUAUGCUUUUUUCCCCCCCUUUUGCUACCAGCAGCCUUCUUCUUGAGAAGCCCCAGCCUACAGGGGAUGAGGACCCAGGAUCCUGUGUUUGCUUUUAAAUUAUUCUCGGUAAAUGUGGUUACUUAAAUAAAGAAGUUUGGCUACA